CAGCAGCUUGUGUCCGACAUGGCUGCUGUUUGGAGAGCUCGUAAUUUUGCACGCUGCGUCGUUCGUUUUUCUGACCGCGAACUGAACUAACCCCAAAAUUGUUUGCAGCUGGAACAAGAUUAAGAACUACAGAAAAUCUAAAAUGAUCAGGAAGUAGACAUUAGUUUUAUUCGGGAUUCUAAGGAUUAAGGCAGAAGGUAAUUUGAACUCUACAGAUAUUUUGGAAGAGGAAGAUAACGAAAUGUCAGAUGAUUCUGACCUAAAGGUGGAGCUCAGUGUCUUUCGGGCUCAAUGGAUGUCUGAACUGACUCCUUCCAGUGGCACCAGAAAAGGUUUUCCUUCAAGAUCUGAAGAUCUCAAGAGGAAGCAGGAGUUGGCCCGGGAGGAAAAGGCCAGCAAACUGUUCCUAAAGGCAGUGGAGCAGGAACAGAAUGGAGCGGUUUAUGAAGCCAUCAAGUACUAUCGGAGAGCCAUGCAGCUUGUACCUGAUAUUGAAUUUAAAAUUAACUACACACGAUCCCCAGAUUCUGGUGAAGUUGGCAUGAACUAUUUGGAAGAAACAGACCUUGAUAAUGAGAUAGAUGAUCUGCUAUCGUAUUUUCAGCAGCAGCUCACUUUGCAGGAAGCAUGUCUGAAAAUUUGCCAGCCGGAUAUUGAAAUGACACAAACUCACAUUUCAGCUCUGCCAAUGGAGGUUCUGAUGUACAUUUUCCGCUGGGUUGUCUCCAGUGAUCUGGACCUGAGGGCUCUUGAACAGCUGUCUCUGGUCUGCCGUGGGUUUUACAUUUGUGCCAGGGAUCCGGAAAUAUGGCGUUUAGCCUGUUUAAGGGUGUGGGGUAGGAGUUGCACCAAAAUGGUUCCUUUUAACUCCUGGAGAGAGAUGUUUUUGGAACGGCCACGUGUCCGGUUUGAUGGUGUAUACAUCAGCAAAAACUCUUACAUUCGCCAAGGAGAACAAUCCCUGGAUGGAUUCUACAGGGCUUGGCAUCAGGUGGAGUAUUACAGGUACUUUAGAUUCUUCCCAGAUGGCCAAGUAAUGAUGCUUACCACCCCUGAAGAUCCUCUCGUCAUAGUUCCUCGUUUGCGCAACAGGAAUGCCAGAAUGGAAUCUCUUCAGUUCGGUCAUUAUCGUCUAUCCCAAGACACAGACAAUCAAACUAAAGUGUUUGCUGUUGUUUCCAAGAAAAAAGUGGAGAAGGCCCCAGAGUAUCAUAACAGAUACUGUAAUCGCUGUAGCCCAGUCCAGGAAGCGGAGCACAGUUUUCACAUGGGCCUGCAGCUCAGUUCUGGAGGAUGUCAACGAUUCAAUAAGCUCAACUGGAUCCAUCACUCUUGCCAGAUAACCUACAGGUCAACGGCUGAAACUGUAGUUACUGCAUUUGAUAUCGACAAGACAUACACACCUUUGUUCUUUGCUCGAGUGAAAAGCUACACUGCAUCAUCAGAAAAGCCUCUCUGAAUAGAAAAUGGAGCUUGAGUUUACUGAAGAUUCUCAGCCUAAAAAAAGCAGCAACAGCACUAUAAUUUUACUGUCCAUUGUUUUAUGCUGGAUUAUAAUUAAGAAUUUAUUAUGUGAUUCUUAUGGCUUACUACUUGAUUUGAAACUAUGUUUUAAAAUAAUAUUAAAUUUGAAUUUCAGUAGCAUGCAGAUAUAUGGUGAAUUGGGAUACUUAAGGCAGGACAUUUAUGAUUUUUCUAGUUAAAUUGAUUAGCGCGCGCAGUGCAGUGAAACAGCAUUUGGACUGUUUCAAAGCAAUUUAACAUGCCUAGAAAAAUAUUCAUGUACAACAUAAAUAACAGAUACAUAUGUGCAGCAAAAAGCUAAAUAAACAAAUCAUUUUGAAAUCUA